CCUCUCUUAGCGACAUAUUUGUUUACCGACGUUGUCUUAAGAACGGAACUCCAUCGUUAAGUAAGGAGAGGCUGUACUUGCGUUUUGUCCAUUAGCCAUCAAUUCAUUUGCUCAUAUACCCUCAACAGGAAGAACGAGUCAUUCUAUGUGAUCACACAAGACAGCAUGACUCUGGAUGAUGUGGAGCAGCUUCUCCGAGAGACGGACCACAAUGGAUUCCCUGUAGUUGUAAGCAGGCAGUCUCAGUACCUGGUUGGCUUUGUCGCCAGACGAGACUUAAACAUCGCCAUCAAUCAAGCCAAAAAGAAUACAGAAGGUAUAGUUGGUGAGUCAGUGGUGUUGUUCACAGCUUCUGUACCAUCACCGUGGAUGGGUCCUCCACCUCUCCGCCUCCGCAAGAUCCUGGAUCUUGCUCCCAUCACCAUCACUGAUCAGACUCCAAUGGAGACAGUGGUUGACAUGUUCAGAAAGCUUGGCUUGAGGAAAAACUCUUGUCACACACCAAUGGGUAUGUCUAGUCUUGUUGAAUGA